AAAUUGGAUGGAUACGAACUUGUACAUUCGCGAGGAACGUGAUAGAAAAAUUAUCGAAGCAUCGGUUUUUCCAGUUUGAUUCAGUCAGUGCAUGCCCCUUGAGCUCACGAAACUGGCAACUGUGAUCACGAGAAAUGGAAGAUGACAGCCAACUGCACAAAGCCUUUUUUUUCUCUUUCUUUCCUUUCUAGGCUCUUUAUACUUUUAAAUAUUUGCUUUUGUGGACAGUAUUUCCCAUUGAGUUGUUCAUAUCUUUAAAGAUACUAACUCGUUGGAUGUAGAUGGCUCAUCGCCAACCCAACUCAGUAACAACAGCUACGCCGUCUCUCCUAGUCUUGAACGGCGAAAAACAGUCCGUUUUCAUCUGCAGACUUGCGGAGAAUGGGGUGUGUCGGAUCCUCACAGGCGAAAGCAGAAGGAAGCGUCAAACAGGUGAAGAAACCGAGGUCAUGGAAGCAUCCUCAGCCGAUCACCAUAAGUCAGCUGAUUCAGCUGAGAGAAGAGUUCUGGGAUACUGCACCUCACUAUGGUGGUAGAAAAGAAAUCUGGGAUGCACUCAGAGCAGCAGCGGAAGCUGAUCCGAAGCUUUCUCAAGUGAUCAUAGAGAGUGCAGGGAUCAUACUGCAAAAUCCUGAUAUGACAGUGUGUUUCGACGAAAGAGGUAACACAAACAGUCAAACACAACAUCUUCUCUCUGUGUGUGAUUUCAGUAUUACCUUGAUUUUGAACUUGCACUGUUGCAGGUGCAAGAUAUGAAUUACCUACAUAUGUAUUGAGCGAACCAAAGAACUUGAUACGUGAUUCUUGAUAACAGAAGCAAAGCUCACCAGAAAAUAGUCAUAAUCAUCAUUGUCAUUAACCCCAGAUAUAGCUGACUGUAAUCAUAUCAUAGGAACAAGAUACUGCAGAUUUUCCAUGAGAAAUAGAGUGUAUAGCUAUAUCAUGUUGUUUGGUUUCUAAAUUUAUCCAACGACAACUUUGCUGACAA